AUGGCCUACCAGAACUUCACCGACGUCAUCGCUUCUGAGAUAGAGGCUCGGCUCCCCGAGAUCUCGGCUCUGAACAAGCAUAUCCACGCCAACCCAGAGCUCGCAUACGAGGAACACAAAGCCCACGAUGCAUUCGUGUCAACUCUAACGGCUCUUGGGUUCAAGGUGACCCCACAUGCCUACGGCAUCCCGACCUCAUUUGUGGCCGAGUUUGGGUCAGGUGGGCGCCUUAUCACCUUCAACGCCGAGUAUGAUGCCCUGCCUGAAAUUGGACACGCUUGCGGCCACAACCUGAUCGCAUCCUCCUCGCUUGCGGCAUUCCUGGGUGUGGCCGCGGCGCUCAAGGUAUCUGGGCUCCCGGGCCGUGUGCGUCUUCUGGGCACACCGGCUGAAGAAGGCGGCGGCGGAAAGCUAAAGCUUAUUGCUGCCGGCGCGUACAAGGGCUGUGCGGCCAGCCUGAUGGUGCACCCCGGCCCGGGACACAAAAUCCCGGAACCUAUACGUGGUGUCGCCUGUGUGCGCAUGCUCGCCAACGUCAAGAAUAAAGUACACUUCCGUGGGCGCGAGGCCCACGCAGCCAUCGCCCCUUGGGAGGGUGUCAACGCGCUGGAUGCGGUAUGUCUGUCAUACAACGCGAUCGCGAUGCUGCGGCAACAGAUACGUCCCGAUGAGCGCAUCCAUGGAGUGUUCAGGUCGGCGGGCGACCGUCCCAACGUCACGCCCGCUGACUGCACGGUCGAAUACUACGUGCGCAGCGGAACACGUGCGCGCGCCAACGCCCUGUGGGAGAGGGUGCGGAAAUGCUUCGAGGGGGCGGCAAUAGCGACUGGCUGCCAGAUGGAGGUAGAGCCGCUGAACUCGUAUGCUGACCUGCGGCCGAGCAGGGCGCUGUGCGAGGAGUACGUCAAGGCGAUGCCGAAGGGGACGGUGAUCAUGGACGAGCCGGGCGACUUCCUGGCGGGAAGCACGGACAUGGGGAAUGUUUGCUACGAGUGUCCUGGCUUCCAUGCUGCCUUUGCCCUUCGGACCAAGCCGGGCGAAGCUAAUCAUACCAAAGGGUUCACGGCUGCUGCGGGAACCGAGGAGUCUUUUCAGGCGGCCAUGGAGUGCGCAAAGGGCAUGGCGGUGGUCGGUUUGAAGGUGUUGACGGAUGAUGUGUUUGCGGAGAAGGUGCAGAAAGAGUGGAACGAAGACAUGAAGCUGGCGGCAGAGAGUAAAUAA